UCGUCGGCGAACCCCGGGACUUUUGCGGAGGUUGCGCCCUUUCAUUGGUUGUUGCACACGUCCAUCGCGGAUUAAGCCACGCCCCUUAAAGGUGAGUGGCGCGCUGACACGGCGCAUCGCUCUCAUUGGCUGCCUUGGCGGGGGAGGAAGGCGCGGGGGGCGGGGCUCCCGGCGGCCCCUUUGUGUGGGCACCAGUCGCCGGCCGCGCUCCCGAGAAGCCGCUGCCGCCAUUUUGUGCGCGCCUGUGUUCGCGCCCACCCCCGCCCGCCUUUCCGGGGGAGCGGCGGCACCGGGGACGCCCCGACUGUGCUGCCGGUCAGGUGAGGCGGAGCGGAGGCGCCGGGCCGCGCCGAGGCAGCUACCGCCGGCGACCGCCGCAGCCGUGAGGUCGCGUUGCUCGCAGGAGGAAGAAGCGGCAAGACGGAGCAGGAGGGGAAAAAACCUCCGGAGCUGCCCCCGAACAGGAGGAGGAGUCUCGGCCCCAGGCCCAGGCGCGGCCCCGGAGGCAGCAUGGAGAACUCGCAGCUGUGCAAGCUGUUCAUCGGCGGGCUGAACGUGCAGACCACGGAGGCCGGGCUGCGGGAGCACUUCGCGGCCUACGGCACCCUCACCGACUGCGUGGUCGUGCUGAACCCGCAGACCAAGCGCUCCCGGUGCUUCGGCUUCGUCACCUACUCGGCGGUGGAGGAGGCGGACGCCGCCAUGGCCGCGUCCCCCCACGCGGUGGACGGGAACGCGGUGGAGCUGAAGCGGGCCGUGUCCCGGGAGGACUCGGCCAAGCCCGGCGCUCACGCCAAGGUGAAGAAGCUCUUCGUGGGCGGCCUCAAAGGGGACGUGGGCGAAGGGGACCUGGUGCAGCACUUCAGCCAGUUCGGCCCCGUGGAGAAGGCCGAGAUCAUCGCCGACAAACAGAGCGGGAAAAAGCGCGGCUUCGGUUUCGUCUACUUCCAGAACCACGACGCCGCCGAUAAGGCGGCCGUGGUCAAGUUCCACCCGAUCCAGGGCCACCGAGUGGAGGUCAAGAAGGCCGUGCCCAAGGAGGACAUCCAGGCGGGCGGGGGAGGCGGCGGCUCCUCCAGGCCCUCCCGGGGAGGCAGAGGAGGAAGGGGCCGGGGCGGCGGCGGCUCCGGCAACCGGGAUCACAACGGGCUGUCCAAAGGAGGCGGCGGCUAUAACAGCUACGGCGGCUACGGCGGGGGAGGAGGCGGCGGGUACGGCUCCUAUGGCAGCGGUUCCUACGGAGGCGGCGGCGGAGGGGGAGGCGGAGACUACGGCAACGGGUACGGCGGGUUCGGCAGCUACAGCCAGCACCAGUCCUCCUACGGCCCCAUGAAGAGCGGCGGAGGAGGUGGAGGAGGGGGCGGCAACUGGGGGGGCCGCAGUAACAGUGGACCGUACAGAGGAGGCUAUGGCGGGGGAGGCUACGGGGGCGGCUCUUUCUGAGCUGGAGCGCCCAUACCCAUUGAUGGGGGGGCGUGCAGAGCCCUCCCUUCGAUACGGGGCAGCUUCCGAAUGGUUUCUCCCCUCAUUCGCCGAAGGGCAGCUCCUUUUAAAUGCCUCCCUGCUGUGGGAGCGGCUCCUAAAUGCCCCCUGAGGGUCGCCUCUGCUGCCUGUGCCACUUCGUUCUCUCUGAAGAUGGACUGGGCCCCACAUACACAUAUUUUGUGUUACAGUCAUUGAUGGACUCUAUUUUUUUAUUAUUACUUGGACCUUGGUCGUUUUUAUACUAGCAACGAAAAAUGUCUUGUUUUAAUUUGUUUUUUGGGGGGUGCGGGGUGGGAAGUGUCUUGCUGAUCUGGAGUAAAUACUGGGGAGGGUUGGGGGGGAAGUUCCUUUGUUGUAAGGACUCGAUGCCUGGAUACUACGUUUUUUUCUACAAAAGCUACUCGGAUCCCAUGACUGACUUUUAACAUUUCUGUAAAGGAAGAAAAAAUGGUUUUUACGUUUUUUAUUUUUUAAAUAAAUCAUUGUGUUCAUUGACCUUUACACGUCUAAUUUUUUUUCCUAGGAUCAAUUCCGUACGGUUUUAAGGCUUUUCUAGGUUUGAAGCAAGUGUUCCUCUGCUUUAAAAUCUCUGUGUACUUAGAGUAGUAAAUAUUUUGUUGCCAGUAAAGGUCCUAACUGACUUUUUUGCUAGUGGCUUUCAAACACUCGACAGAGAAAUUUUUGAAGUACUAAUCCGUGGAUGUGGUCUGUUUUUUAAAUACUCGUUCUCACUUUGGCAGUUUGUGUGCAUCCACCAUCUUGUACUAGGCAGUUUGACGUGCUGACAUGGUUGGUCAAUUUUUUCUAUAGGACUUUUCCAUCAACGUAUGUACUGUGUAGUUUUGAAGAAAUAGUUUGUGUUAAGCAUGUGCUUCAUUCAUAUAAAAUGUUCAGAAUUUCUUAUUGCUUAGUUUUCAAAUCUUUGGUUUGUCUUGUGUGUGAUUCCUUCCAGGAAAGGGUCGACAUUUACCCCUUCUAUUAAAGGCAUACUUGUUUUCCUAGCCCCAGGUUAACAGAUUUCACUCGGAACUAUUGUCCUUCCUUCAAGUUCGUGAGAACCUCGCAGCUCCAUCUGCUGUCAGCAUGGCAGCCCCGUGCUGGGGCUUCCUUAAAGCAGGAGUAAAACUGGCUUGCUGACCACUGUACCAGACUUUGGAAAGUUAUUUUAUGCCACUAGUGACUGGUGUAGAGUGCAGUGACAUCUGAGUGUGAAUAAAGAUGGGGUCCCUGACUGCUGGUUGGCUGGGAGGGGGAAGGAAUGGAUUUGCAAUACCUGCCUCAGCACAUAAUUGAACAAACGAUAAUUGCAGUUUGCCCAUAUUUCAGAAAGUGGUGAUCUAAACUGGGCAAAGAGCUCUGAGAAGUGAGCCAGCAAGUGUACCGCUAACACAGGUGCCAGUUGUAAAGCAAAGAUAUCUGUGUAGUCUGCUUGAUUAAAAAAUGUAUAUUUGUAGCCCUUUCACGCAAUAGAAUUCAAGUUUGUUGUUUAUUAAAAAGCAUAAUGUUUUAGGGGAAAACUGCCUUCCUGCAUAGAAAUAUAGAAUAGCAACGUUUAUGGGUUUAUGGAUAUCAAAUAAAAGAUUUGAAUUCCUUAUAUGCUUGAGUGAGAGUAUAUAUGAUGUGGGGCAUGCAUUUAAAAAGUACAAAGUUAUGUUGACUUCAGGUUUCUAAGCUCUUAGAAUGCUAAUAUUUCAUGGGGCUGCAUUAUAAAAGCUGCUUUUUGCCUUCCUCCAGAUAUGCAAGAUAUUAGGCAAAUAAUUCCCACUGAUUCCAGUGCAAAGUUAAAUGUGUAGGGCUUGGUCCUUCUGGGCUGAAGAAUUUCAAAUGAAAUUUCAAGGUAUUGUUACUAUUUGUUAUCAGUCUAACUUGAUGAUUUAAAUUGAAAUGAGCUUUGUUGUUAUUAUUAGUGAAACUGCAUCACCUUAAUUGCCUUUGUGAGCUUAAACAGGGCAACCUCUUGGUAUCAUCAGGAUUUAAACUGAGCUGUUUCCUCCUGAUUGUGGUUGGUUGUGGCUCUGAUGGAGACUGGCUGUCUUUGGCUUAGCUGAGCUUUUAUGAAUGAAUAGGUUCCAAAUAACUUGCUGUUUGCAAUUAUACUGUAAUUUUUCUAUCUCAAAAGCCUCUUAGUCACUGUUGGGCACCAGCAUCUCUUAUACAUUAUUGUAAGUCGAGUUUCAGAGUUGAGUUUGUAAAACACUGCAAGUGCCAGCUCUUGCCCAUGCACAACUUCAGGUGGUUUUAUAUCACUGAAGGCUUUUUCUGUACCUUUGCACUUUACAACCAUGUUGGACAGUCAUCCUUGAACUUCAUCUGAAGCACAGUUUUCAUGUUCUUAGCUGAAAUGAGCAGCAGAGUUCUAGGUUGUGUGUUAGUUCUAGUUUGGGGGUAUGAUUUAGUCCUUUGCAGUGUUGUUGCCUUAACCUUAUGAAGGAAGCCUGGCUUGCAGAGAAAUGGUUAAAUUCACUUUUGUGAUGUGUCUUGUCAUUUGAUUUAGGAAGUUAAAGGUUUGUGCACCAGCUUUAUGGGAUUUUCAUGUUACGUGCUGUGACAGAAUAUGUUGAUACUAGGAACAAGUAGGUUUUAAAAAAAGUGACUUUGUGAAAUCUGAGGAUUUGAAAAGUGCUGUGCUGCAAUGUGCUGUUACCUGUGUGCAAUAGUUCUUGUGGGACUAAAGUCUGCUGGGACAAAGAGCUGAUCCCAAAAAUCACACGUGGAUUAGGGAGUGGGCUGCCUAGUGUCACCCUCAGGAGAUUGUCACCUGUUUAACCAUGUGGCUUGAGUAGGUGGCACCUGCUCUGUGACCCCUGGUGUGUUGGGAAUGAGAACGUGUGACCCUGCAGGUGCCAUUGGAGAGGAUCCUGUGAGGGAUCAGGGAAGGGGCAGCAAUGCCAGGGUGUACCAGGAAUACAGAACAGUGCAGAUCUCUAUUGGGUGGCAUUAAAGACACUGUGACUUCAAGACUCUUGGAAUAUAAACCUGUUUCUAGGACAGUUCCUACUUAGGAGAGAUUUGUUGAUAAAACUUUGUUAUGUGUUUAAAGAUAUUUAAAGAUUUUUCUGAGCCCUGGGUGGAUUUGUCUGCAUAGAGGUGCAUAGGAAGAACUGAUCUGAAAUAAGGUGUGUGGCUGGCAUGUAAAUAAGUUUGUGACUUGACAGUUGCUUCAGGAAGGUCACAAAGAUAGAAAUAAAGUAACUUUGCUGUUCCUUAGUUUGUAGUUGAGUUCUGAAGUUCCUAUCUCUGAAAUUAUCUCAAUAAGUUAAUGGCCUUCUGUUCAGGACCAAAUGCUCCAUUGUGUUGAUGUCACCUGUGAGAAAUCGAAAAUAAGAGCAAUUAGUUUGCUUUCAGCAUUUAAUAAAGUAAAAACGUGGUAGUUUUCUAAAAACACAGAUGUCCUUUUAUUUUUGUAAUCUGCAUGACCAAACGGAAAUUCCCAAAACCAAACUUUCCAGGCUACAGUGUCACUGAACUCAGUGUGUUGUGAUGUACCUACAGUUUUUUAAUAGUAAUGGAUGUUCAUGUCUGCUCUAAAAUAUAAUUUGUUCUUGACUUGUAAAUUUUAUUUGGCUAAUAAAACUAGCCUAACUUAAACUUUCAUAAUCCUGACUUCUACUGCAUUAAAAAGAAACAUGCUAAACACCUGUACAUGGAGUGCAGUGAUACUUGCACAAGGCUGUGGAAGUGCCUCCCACGUGUUUGUUGUAACAUCAGGUGCUGGAAAGGUGGUUUAGAGCAGUGCUGACAGCUCAGACAGCUUCCAUGGCACUAAAUCUCUGUGGGUCACUGGUGGAGUGACACUCUUACAAAAUAAAAGCUGUGUCUUGUCCUGCAGGCUCCUGUAGUGUAACAAUCCUUACCCUCCAGAGCUGGGCAAGCUUUUGUGCUGAAUUUACAAUAGCUGCAGUCCAGGCUCCGGUUCUGGCUGUGGCAGUCCUGUGCUGCUCCCAGGAGCUCAGCCCUGUGGGGAGGUGGCACUGACAGGAGGUGUGUCUGAACUCUACCAGAUACUCUGCACAUCUGGACUUAACACCCUGUGAAGCAGGCAUACUUAAAAUGGCUAAAAAUGUUAAGUUCUCAAAUGCUUUAUGGUGUCCUCCUCCCCCCACCCUCAGAGAUCCCUGUAAAGCAAAUUUUGCUUUCAUUUGGCAUUGGAAGGUCUAAUAGGAUGGUGUAGGUCAGAAAAGAGGUUUAUUACCCUGCUCUGCCAGCUGAUACUGCCAUCCCAGCAUGGCAUUGCCACUGCUGCCAAAAAGGCUCUGAGUGGUGCUGAGGACCUCAAGCUCCAUCUGAGUGUGAAAAGAGAGCAGCUUCCUUUCUCUGCAUGCCUCAGAAUGUUUAUUCUGAAAUGAAAAAGUUUGGUUUAAAUCAUUAUAUUGUUAAUUAAUCCCUAAAUAAAUGGCCUGAAGGACACCCCUCUGAUGUGCACACAGUGAACAAAACACGAGGUGUUCUGUGAGAAUGGGGUUUUGCUCCUACAGUCUGUCACAGGGUUGGGUUCCUGAUAGAAGGCAGUUUAUCCAAACCUUUAGAUUAGGAUUGUUUGACCUGUUGUAGCCACUAUGGAUUAGUUUAUCAUGUAAUCCAACAGUUUAUACCACGUUUAUGUGGUUUACAUUGUUACAGACCUUUACUUUCUGAGCUGUUUGGAAAAAGGCAUUUUCAGUGGCUUCUAUAUGGGUAAUACCUUGGAUUAAUAUUAGGUGAUUAAAAGUGUAACACCCAAUUUUCAAUCUUUCACACUAGCCAGAGGCAUACUUUAGAAAACAAUGGGUUAUUUAACAUGUUUUGCAUAGCUGAUUCUGUGAUCUGGUGUAUGUGUCCCUUAAAGAUGAGUUUUCUGUUUGUUAUUUUUGUAUUUCUUAAUGAAUAAAACAGUUGUAUCCCUGCUUCACUUGAAAAUGUGUUUCACAAUGCAAGCACACCACAAGGAGUUCUGAGCUAGCCUGAACAAGCACUAUUUGCUUUUGUUGAUGGGCAUUUUUUUGGUCUCCUGUUGAAGCAUUACUGCUCUGUUAUUUCUGGAAUGUGCAUUUAUACACACACACACAGAUGUUACCUCUACUUCCACUUACCUUUAAUGAGUAUUUAUUUGUGCUGUAAUGUAAGCAGUACUAUUGAUGAGUGUCAGAUGUGUAUUUCUCAUUACAAGAUGAAAGUCUUUCUGCUAUGUAUGUUUUCCUGGGAAUUUUGUAUAUUUACCUGUAUAUGAGGACUUUUAAGGGGCUGAUGAAGUUGGGUGCUUUUCUUGUUGCUGUUCACUUUGACAAAUCCUAGUCUUUUUACCUUCUCUGCUCCCAGAAGUCUCACCAAUUUCUAUUAUAUAUAAAUGGGUGGAAAUAGUCACUUUUGAACUGA